AUGGAUCUGCUCUUCCCAUAUCCCAAAAUGGGCAACUCCUGGCUAGAGAUCCUCCACGACCCUCUCACACGAAAGCUGCUGGGCUUUGACGCCGUUCACGCCGAAAAGGGCCCCUUCCUCGCCGGCGUCAGCUCUCGUCUGAAGUUCUUACUAAGCGAUACCUCGAAGCAUCUAUCCUUCCUGAAGAUCGGCUACACCGCACUCGAAGCAUUCCUGCAAGCGAAUUGCACCGGCCCACCGCUUCCCUUCGAUCCAGAGGAGAGCAUUUUCCCCGAAGCAUAUCGCGGUGACGACGUGCCCAACAUUAGGCAGGAAAUGCUCAAGAACUUGGCAGUCGAUGGGAAUGCCGUGUACCACCUUACACCACAUGUCGAAUUGUUCUGGCUGGCGAAGCUCAUCAUGUCCAACCCCACUCUCGCAGAGCCAGGUUUCAACGGACGGAGAGCACGGUUCAGAGUCAAUCACUGGCAUCAGAAGCUAUUAGGCGAGAAGUCAGAGUGGUUGAAAGAUCAUAUCUACGCUGAUGCGGAAGUGCUGGAGUCGCAGUUGUACUCUCGGUUGAAUUUUGGAGGCGCUGCGGCAGAAGAGCACUUUGUCGAGUUUCUGAUUGAAAGAGCGCAGGUUCGGAUACUGUACGGUGAUGAUGCGCGAGCUCGUGAAGAUUUAGCUCGAGCUGCGCAGACGAGGAAUUUCCAGUUCGCCUUGACCGGCGCGCUGGGAAAGCGGACUAAGUUUCAGAGGAAUGACUUGAGUCAAUUGGUUGUGCUGGCAAAGAGCCGCGACCACGAACCCGAAUCGUAUGCUAGCCGCAAGUCAAGUCGUGCAGAUCCAUCAACGUCAAGACGGAGCAGUAAGGUAGAUGUUGCCAGAUCACCACCAGCCAGUCCUUCAGUACCGCCCGAUCCGGCGACGAUGGCUUUGAGACCACUGCCACCAACUUCUGCGCCAACUUCACCUGUCCACGAGCACAAAGUGUCGCCCUUGGCAGCUGCGCCAGUGCAGCCGGAGAACAUAUUGUUGAAUGACGACACGCUACUUGAGCAGAUCAAAUUCAAGGAGCAAUCAAAUGUCAAGCCAGAGAUGACUCAAGUGUCAGAAGAGUCCAAGCUGCCAACUCGGUUAGCAGAAUUGGACCCGUCAAGCCAGCCGAUGCUGUUCCCAAUGGACAGCAUUAUUCUACUCGCCACGGCGUCCAGUAUAUCGAACACAUCCCCUGACGAUGGCUUGACUCGUGAGGAGACCCUGCCAUAUGCUACGAGAGUGCUUGAAGGCGGCUCAUCGAACUGGCAAGUGUAUACUCAAGCUCUCCUCGUACGCUCCAGGAUCGAAGGGUACAAGUCAAGGACGGUCGAGCGUGGUCUUCUGCAAUUGCAAGCGCUCGUCGAUCAAGUCAUCGCCGAGACAACGCAAGUCAAAGACAAGCCAUCAGCGGAAGCCAACACUGACUCAUCUGCACCGGCCACCUUUCUUCCGAAAGCCAGAGAUUCCGAAUCCGCGUCAGUUGCUGAGCGUCUGAUGUACAUACACCAGUUGUCAUCACCGCUUCGAUGGGAGCUCGAGGCUGAGUUAGCACAACGAUGGACAAGUAUGGGGGGUCUGAAAUCAGCACUGGAAAUAUAUGAACGUCUACAGAUGCAGGCCGAAGUGGCAUUGUGCCUAGCUGCAACUGACAGAGAGAAGGAGGCAGAAGAUUUGAUCCGAGGACUAGUCUUCGCUGAACCAUCCGCGCCUGCUGGCGAGGAGAAGAUCUUGCGUACUUCUCCCACAGACACGCCGCGACUCCUAUGCAUCCUCGGCGACAUCACAAGCAACCCUCUGUACUACCAAACCGCCUGGACACACUCCCGCAACACCUACGCUCGCGCUCAACGCUCACUGGGCAAACACUACAUGCGCGCCCGCGACUACUCAGCCGCAGCCAACGCCUAUUCACUAGCCCUAACCCGUGGAAAACUCGACCACUCAACCUGGUUCUCCCUCGGCUGCGCCCAAAUCGAGCUCCUCGACUUCGAAUCAGCAGUCAACUCCUUUCAGCGCUGUGUCGCCCUCGACGAUCGAGACGCAGAAUCUUGGUCGAAUCUCGCGAUCAGCCUCCUGCGCCUGCCUGAACCAGACCAAGCAGAGCAGGAUGACAGCGAUCCAGCAGCGACCCCACGCGCCGACUCAUCCUCAAUCCCCCAUCCACCGCCACGAGAUGACGACCCAGAGAGUUUCGCUGGUCCACCAAACCCUCACCGGAACAAACAGAUGGCGCUGUCGGCGUUGCGCAAGGCGGCGACGCUGAAGCGGGAUGAUGCGCGGAUCUGGGAUAAUUACCUGACUGUCGCGGCUAGUAUUCCGCCUAGUGGCGGGACGCCGUGGGCCGAGAUCAUACAGGCGAUGCAGCGUGUCAUUGAGCUGAGGGGCAAGAAGGAAGGCGAAGCCGCUGUUGAUGUCAAGAUCUUCAGCGUGCUGGUUCACAACGGCGGCAGUACCGUGGCCGAAGAAUUAUUGCCAGAAGAAGCAUCCUCCAACAACAACGCACCAGCAGAAGAGGUCGGCCCACCCGACUCCUCACAAUCCACAACACCCACCCCUCAAACCACCACAACGGCAGCAUCUCUGUCCUUCCUCCCCCGCGCCCUCCUAACCCUCUCCGACGUCCACAUCUCCCCACUCGUCACAACCUCUCCCAAACUAUACUACCUCCUCGCGACCCUCGCCCUUUGGCGCCACCGCCCCUCCGAAGCCCUGUCCCUGCACGAAAAGGCCUGGCGCGCUGUCACGAGCCGACCGGAUGCUUAUACGAGCGAGGCGGGAUUCGGACGGGUCGUGACAGCAACGGAGGUGCUGGUUGCGGCGUAUGAGGAUUUGGGAGGUAGGGAGAGUGAACGUCUGGGCGGGGGUGCUGGUGAAGGGCGGAAGGUAGAGGAGAAAUGGCGGUUCAAAGCGCGGACGGCGGUGAGGGGGGUGUUAGGGAAGGGGAGGGAGGUUGGCGAAGGAACUGAAGCUUACGAGCGACUGAAACAGCUCGGUGAGAGCGAGAAGUUGAAGGGGUGA